GAGUGUGCCAGCGCUUGUCAAGAAUUGGUCAAAGCUGGUUCCACCGACCUUUGCAGCACCUGGGCACAGGGCGGAGCAUGCCAGCAGACCCCGGAUUUCAUGAUGGACACUUGCAAAGACAGCUGCAAUCGAAUGGCUGGCUCAGAGGUGAUCUCACCUGCGAGUGCGGAGCAGGCGGAGCCAUUGCGAGAGGCACUGGAAGCGGCCAAGGCUCGCAUCGCAGUCCUCGAGGAAGGGCUUGCAGCCAGCAAGGCAUCACCGGCUUCCUGCCCGUCCGAGCCGCUGGUUCAAGACGAAAACGGCAACACGGGGGCAAAGCAUCACUCUGGCAAUGAAGAAGAAGAGCGAGAACUAUUGCUUUUCUAUUCUGGUCAGAUCCGCUGCGACGGGGAUGCUUGCAAUGCUGGACUUCUUGUGACCGCCUUGAGAGCAGCUUUGCAACAAUCUUUCCAGCUUCUCCUCGAUGGCUUCCUGGUUCUCCUCAACGAGGGCCUCGGGGCAGAUCCCGAGAAGGGCCGAGCCGCGGCUGCCCAGGCGGCCAGGAUCUUGCGCAAAAUUCGAGGGCGCCUGAAGGCGAAGGCCUCUACCAAGAUCGGCGAGCUCGAGGAGCGGCUGCAGAAGGAGGUGGCCAAGAGCGAGUUUAUGGGCAUACUCGCUGAAAUGGCAUCGAAGCGCUUCCAGGAAGCUGUGGAAUUCUCUGAGAUCUGCCGCCGUCGCUUGCAGGCACUGCUCGAGACUGCCAGGUCCAAGAUGCCCGAGCAAGAUCAGGAAUUGCUUCCGGACCAGCCUGACAGCUUCUUGCGCGACCACCUCCUGGUCGGAGCAUGGCUUGCGCUGUUCGUCCAUGUACUUUGCGGAAUGAUUGGCUUUGUGUUGAGAACUGCUUUCAAGUGCUUGUUGGUGUGGCCCUGUCGGUGCUUCUGGGCUGUCUGUCGCGGGUGCAUCUGUUGCCUCUGCCCCUGUGGACGCAAAGCGGUCGAAGAACGGCCUUCCACAGCCGCCGCACAUGCCAAUGGUGCUGCCAGCAAUGGCGCGAGCAAAAAGCUGUCCGAGAGCCUGGUGGGUCUACGAUUAUCUACGAUUGCCUGCAUGACAGGAUGUAGUGCUUGUGUUGCCAUCCAGUCCUUGGCCAGUGCAUCUCUGCAGGGAUCAACUUGGCGCUCUGUCUUGGUGUUCUUGCGAAGACUGGAAUCUGCUUCUGUUGAGCUGGAUCACUUCAGCUUCAAUUCCGUGCUGGGCGUUUGCGAGCCAAGUGGUGCGUGGACGCUUACGCUAAGCCUCUUCGCCAGCUUUUUUUCUCAACGGUUUCAGCCUGAUGAUGUCAGCUACAUGUCAAUGCUUUGCUCCUUGUCUGACAAGCCAAGCUUGUCUCGUCGUUGGCUGCAUGCAGCCAACCUUCUUGGCAGGAUGACCGCGUCUCCUGCAGCCUCUGCGGCGGGCUCAGGAUGGACAGUACGGCUAAGAGUCAUGAUUUCACUAGCGGUUGAAGCUCUUGUUUCGAGAAUGUCCGGUUUUCUUCGUUAUGUUCAUUGA